ACAAGCGAACAACACAUCGCUACAAUGGUGGUCAAAUUCCAAGUAUAUAAGAAGAGCUCUCCCAAUGAAAAGAUCACGGUGUACCUUGCCAGGAGGGACUACAUCGAUCACGCUACGCACGUCGAUCCCAUCGAGGGCGUGCUCUCGCUGGACCCGAACUACGUGCAGAACCGCAACGUGUACGUGCAGAUCGUGUUGCAAUUCCGAUUCGGCCGUGAAGACGAUGAGUCCAUGGGGUACACCUUUCUGAAGACGCUGUACAUCGGCAACACUCAGGUUUACCCGCCCGUUGCCGACAUUACGCCUUCAGAGAUACAGAGGAACCUCAUGGCCAAGCUGGGCAACUUCGCGUUCGCCUUCAGUAUCGACUUCCCGAAGCUGGCCUCGCCCUCCUACUCUUUGCAACAGGGAUGGGACGACAUGGGCGCGCUCACCGGCAUCGAGUACGAGCUCAUGGCCUAUGUUGGCGCCAACGAGAGCGAUAUCCAUAAGAGGAGCACCUCGCGCCUCUCGGUGCGCCGUCUCGUGGAGUGCCCCAAGGCCCUGUACCAGAUGCCUCCUCCCCGCAGCAGCCUCUCCAAGACCUUCUUCACGUGCUCGGGCUCCCUCUGCAUCCGGGCCAGCCUGCCCGCCCCCGUGUUCCGCCCGGACGAAGACGUCCCCGUCAGCAUUAUCAUCAAGAAUCAGACGUCGCGGGAAGUGAAGAGGCUCAAGGUGAAGGUGGUUCAGCAGGCGCAAGUGCCGAUGUUCAGCCUGAAGGAGGUGAAGGAACAAACCCUCAUUAAGACAGACGAGCCAAUCACCUUGGCUCCCGGGGCGUCGAUCGUGCGUGACGUCACCCUCAUGGUCACAGCGCCCGCUAAACCGAAGCACGGCGAAGUGUUCCUGCAGGCGAAGAAGAAAUCCGACGACCCCGACGUCAUGGCGCCCUCCACCAUCCCCAAUCCGAACGUGGACUUCGCUGACAUCUUCGGCAUCCACGUGAACUACGUAGUCAGAGUGAAAGCCGUGUUCGGGGCGCUGACGGGCGACGCCGUUCUCGACCUGCCCUUCACACUGGCCAUCGAGCACUAGAAAAGACGUCGGCGCCAUCUUGUUCCUCCUCUGCGACAUCACAGGUCUUUAGAAUUACAUCUCAUUGCGUAAUACUUCUUAACAUUAUUGAAAUUUAAGACUCUUUCGCAAGAAAGCCUUUCGUAAGCGGUGGAGAGCGAGAAGGAAAAUCUGGUGUCGUUUUGUUUGUUUAUUGGUUUAUUUUCGUCUAAAGACUGGUAGACGCAUCUUUGUAAUUAUUUAAGUAUCCACGUUCCAUGCAGACAAACACAUCAAUGUUUUGUUACUUUUUCAUAGAUAUCAGUAUCAACGAAAUGACACUGAUUAUAUUUCCUAUCUUUCAUAAAAGAUCAUCAAUAUCUACCUUUUGACAUUUUCCUUUUAAAAUCCUAGUCACAUAUCUGAGCUAGAUUGCUGUAAGAUUUAUCAUGUAUAAUAUCAUUACCAAAAUAUGAAAUGAAGUUCACCUUAUUGCCUUAUUAUUAUUGUAAUAGCUAGUGCCUUUAUCAACCUUAUAUUAUUUGUUGAUAAUCUCUCCCCUACUAACAGCAUUGUGUUACCAGUCUAGCGCACUGUUUAUGGUGUAUGUAACCAAUAGGUUCUUAUAAAUGGUGUAAUAUAAAAAGACUCUGCUAGGUAAUUUUUUUCUUUAAGUUAGCAUUACUGAUUAUCGACUAAGCAAAUCUGUUUUUAUAUUAAUGAUUAUGGAUACUCUGCUUAGUAGAUUAACACAUUAUCCUCUUUUUCGCUUUGUUUGUUUUGAUUCUGACUUGUCUAUAUUAAAGAUGUAUAUACUUAUGUAAUGACAGCAAUUACUAUGCAGGCAAAUUAUCACAUAUGGACUUUUGCCGCAGACGUCAGUGUUAGAAUAAAAAACGUUCACCGGAAGGUUUUACCGUGUGUGUGGCAGAAACAUACUUGAUACAGCCAACACAAACGUUAACGAACGCACCAUUUAAUGUGAUAUCCUGUAUUUGUCUACUUAUGUAUGUAUGUGUUCAGUGACGGGGCUUAAUGGAUGUGGCGCGGUUGACAUUUCGUCCAGGUUGAGUUAUAUAAUAAAAUAAAACAAUAACUGAAAGUGAGAAAUGAUUUAAUCUUUACAAAUGAAAGAAACUCAGCGCGGCAACGAAUGAAACUGAAACACGCACACGACUUCGUCUCUGUGGAGCGACGCAGACUGCCUUUCCUGAAACAGCGGAGACAGAACCCGCCGCGGCAAGUCUCGCGGACCUCUGGAUGAGGAUGUAGUCGAAUAAAUUGCCCUGAACCGUU